AUGGAAUGGCUUAACAAUAAGCCAAAAGGGUCAGUGGUUUAUGUUUCUUUUGGUAGUUUAGCAUCACUCAAUGAGGAGCAAUUUGAAGAAGUAGCUUAUGGUUUAAAAUAUUAUGAAAGUUAUUUCUUAUGGGUAGUUAGACCCUCGGAAGAAACCAAUCUCCCCAAAGAUUUUGAGAAAAAGACACAAAAGGGCUUAGUUGUAACAUGGUGCUCUCAACUAAAAGUUCUAGCUCAUGAAUCUAUAGGGUGUCUCGUAACACAUUGUGGUUGGAAUUCUAUUUUGGAAGCUAUAAGCUUAGGUGUUCCAAUUGUUGCAAUGCCACAAUGGUCAGAUCAAGCUACCAAUGCUAAGUUUAUUGUUGAUGUUUGGAAAAUUGGAAUUAGGGUUCCAAGUGAUGAGAAACAAGUUGUGAGAAGAAGUGGAAUGAAAGAUUGUAUAUUGGAAAUUAUGGAUGGUGAUAAAGGGAUAGAGAUUAAGAAUAAUGUCAUGCAAUUGAAGGAUUUAGCAACAAGUGUUGUUGGUGUUGGGGGAAGUUCUCAUUGA